AUGUCCUCUCAAUCCAACCCGCUCCGCAACAUCCAGACGUCGACCGUCUUCCUCAACACAACGCUCGCCGGCCUGAACCUGGGCCUCUCCUUCUUUGUCGUACCCCGCCUCCUUGAGUCGCCGACUCCCCUCAUGCUACGACAGUGGUCCAACAUGUUCAAGCGGACCAGUCGGGUCUUCCCGCUGCCGACCCUCUUCUGCGCGUUGAGCUACUGGUACAUGGCCUAUGCCGUGCGCCACCUGCCCAGCAAAUCGAAGCUACUGGCCGCUGCCGGUGCCCUUUGCUUCUCAAUGGUCCCCUGGACUGGCUUAUUCAUGGUCAGCAUCAACAAGAAGCUGUUCAAGAAAGCCGAGGAAACGAAGGAUAUGGGUAUGAUGGCGAUUGGUCUGACCCAGGAAGAAGAGGAGGGCGCCAAGUCUCUCGUGGAUCAAUGGGGGUUGUACAAUCUCGGGAGGGGAAUUGCCAUCGGUCUUGGUGGUGCCGUUGGUCUUUACAGCAUCGUUUCUUGA